AUGGCUCUGCCUGAAGACGCGCCCUGUCCUCGACUGUGCCAUCUCAUCAAGUGGCCCGAUUUUGACGGAUACGGCUUCAACCUACAUGCGGAAAAGAACAAAUCGGGCCAGUUCAUCGGCAAGGUGGACGAUGACUCGCCGGCCGUCCUUGCCGGCCUCCGCGAGGGAGACAAGAUCAUUGAGGUCAACUUUGUAAAUAUUAGCAAUGAGAACCACCGGCAAGUGGUGGAACGAAUCAAGUCCAUUCCCAACGAGACGAGGUUGCUGGUGCUGGACGAACACGCCGACAAGUGGUACCGCGAGAGGAAGAUGGUCGUCAAGAGUUCUCAGUCGAAUGUCACCUUCUUCCGCACUCCCGUCCCCAGACCUCCCAUGGGCACUCUGCCAGUGGCAGAGAGCUCGCCCGACCUAGCACUACGCAAUCGGCCCAGCUCUUCGAGCAUCAGCAAGUCUGAGGAGCAGUCAGUGCCGUCGUCGUCGUCGUCGUCAUCAGCCAGCAGCAGCCACACUACAAUGCCACCACAGAUUAUACAUUUUGCAAGCGAUGACAUAUAA